AUGAUUGUCACGUAUCGAAACAAUCGCCUGGUGCCGGCCGUCAUCAUUGCGCUAUGCAUUGGACUCAUCUAUUAUUUGAUUGACCCGUCGGUAGGAAACUACGGGCGCGUGUAUCCAGAGAUCUUGGAAGACCCGACUCAACAUUCGGAGCAACCUGAGCAUGCGCCGGCGCAGAACGAGACGGCCAGCGAUACCAGCGCUGUCGUAGAGGAGCCUCCAGCUUCAACACAGUCAUUCAAGGACGUUCCUCUCGGUGAAGCACUCACCAAAGACGAUGUGCUGCUCAUUGUCAAAACCGGCGGCACAACCAUGUGGAAGCGACUGCUCGUUCAUUUGACCACCACCCUCGCCAGCGAACGCGUGAGCCCAGACAACGUCGUCGUCUACUCGGACUACCCGGAGACAAUCGGCCGCUUCGACAUUAUCGACGUGCUCGCAAACAUGACGGAUUCCGCAAAAGCCAGACCUGACUUUGACGUCUACCGCGACCAGCCUGAGUACAUGGCCAACAACUACUACGCCGAAGCCGCCGGCGUGAAUGGCGACGAAUGGGGCCCGACGGGCGGCUGGAUCAUUGACAAGUACAAAUUCAUCCCGCUCAUGCAGCAUGCGGGCGAGAACUGGCCCGCUGCCAAGUGGUACAUCUACAUGGAAGAUGAUGCGUACCUCUUCUUGCCCAACGUGCUGGCAUACCUGUCGAAGUUUGACUGGCGCAAGCCUCAAUAUCUGGGCAGCUACGCGGCCAAGUCCGACGUGGUCUUUGCCCAUGGCGGCGCAGGCUUCGCGGUAUCUCGCGGCGCGUGGGAGGCGUCAUUUGGCAAAAACUCGAACCUGACUGAAGAGUAUUACGAGUACACGGCCGACCACUGCUGCGGCGACCAGGUCCUCGCGCACGCUCUGGACAAGUACGGCGUCAAGUUUGGAGAGAAUGGCGGCGACGGAAAGUUCACAUGGGGAUUUAAUCCCGUUGUUCACUGGACCUUUGCCUUUAGCAUGCACAAUUGGUGCCAUCCUUUGCUGUCUUGGCACAAGGUGCACAAUCGGGAUGUGUCGCAGUACUACGAGUUGGAGAAGGCAUGGGACUUUUCGAAACCGCUUCUCCAUCGCGACUUCUUCUCCAAAAUGAUUCUUCCCAGCAUCCAGAAGCCGCUCGAGUGGUGGGACAACAUGGCCAAUCUCUACGAAGUCACCUCUGCCAACAAAGACGCACCGCCGCACCCAGAAGAUGAGUACAAUGCGGAUCUCUGGAACAAGGGUUGGGAGUCGGUUGAGGCUUGCCAGGCAGCCUGCACGGGCUGGUCCAACUGCGUUCAGUGGACAUUCGUGGAGGACUUGUGCAAGAUGGACGACAAGAUGAUUAUGGGCCAGGGCUUUGCAUCGGCAAUGUCGCAGAGGAAAACAUCGUUGAAGCACACCAGUGGCUGGUUACCAGAACGGUUAGAUAAAUGGGCUUGCGUUUGA